AUGGUGCUGGACCAGCAACAACACUUCCAGCAACAGCACCAUCAGCACCAUUUCCCACAAGACCAACCACAACAGCACGGUCAGACGGGUGACAGCAAGCUCCCUGGACAGUCGGUAGCCCGCAGGAAGUUUGCCAAACCGCCCGUGAAAGUAGCCUGCUUGGCAUGUCGAACCUCGCGGACUCGGUGUGACGGGCAGGAACCCUGUUCCAGUUGCUUCAGCAAAGGUCGGGACUGUUCGUACCUUCCCAGCAAACGGGGAGGGCCGCGGAAGAAGAAAGUGGCAGUUCCCCCACCAGCGGCAGGAGCAGGAGGGUUUUCUCAGCUCAGUGAGUGGCAGCCCUCCGCCGCGCCUGCCACCACCCGCUACGAUGAGACCGACGGAGUCUUCAGCCAGAUCGACCCUCUGUCUCUGCCCGGCGCCGGCUUGAGACACCUGGACUUUGCCUCUGAUGUCAAUGUGCAGGGCAUGUUCGAGGGCAUAUUCAUCACUAGGGAUGUUGGACAUCACACGCCGGUGUCGCCAAUUCUGGGCACCCCCCAGGCCAAACAGCCAACUGUGCGAGCGUACGGCAGCGAGCAUGACAUACUGAAUGCCUAUUACGAUUUCAUCCAUCCGUAUUUUCCAAUAAUGCCCCCCAGGACCUCCCAUCCAGGUCCAGAUCAACCGUUAAACGAUGCAGGCUCCCAUCCAGCAUCGCUUUCAGAGGAACCCACUCUUGUUUACCAACCAGUAUCCCCAUUAAGCUGUGCUAUAUCUGCAAUUCUCGCGCUUGUUCCACAUCCCAACGAUCCAAACCCUAUGAGCCCCAGCUCCACUGUGCUACGUCGAUCGUAUGCACAAACUUAUGCCCGAUUGGCCACAGCAAGUAUCGAAACCGAUGGUGAACUGAUUGACUCGGGGACAAAGCCCUCCCAGGCUCUAAAUUAUGCCCAACCAUCGAUCGACAGGGUGCCUUUCCAUCCUCGAGCGCCGAUCGAAUUAGAAAGUAUAUUGGCAUUGCUGAUACUUUGCAUCUACGAAUAUGCCCAGCGUGGGAAUCUGAUGAAAAUGAGAUACCGUGCAGGUCAAGCAUGGGUUAUUGCUAUGAACCUAUCUCUUUAUGCUCUGGGCCCUGAAAAUGAUGAGUUCUCCGAAGCUAAGAGACGGGCGUGGUGGAUGACCUACUAUUGUGUCCUUCAGGGUUCCAUUGUCAGCGUGACGGUCAGUCCUCCCCCAACCGUGAUCAUUAAUGACCCUCGUUUCACAACGCCUUACCCACAUUUUGCAUCAGACCCAGAGGGUUGGUCGAUAUUAUUACAGGCUCAACAAGUUUUGGUAACCGCUGGUCAAUUCACCAUCGAUCUGAACAGAUGCCUCAAAUCCAGGUCCAAUAUGCCCUGGAUCUAUGAACAAAUGAAGCAACUCGAUGCAUGGGCCUCAUCAGCAAUAAUCCAGGCGAAUACUCAUAAUACUAUUCCACAAACGGGUCACCCAGAUAUCGAGGAAGAGUUUGUCACGGCUCGUAGCAUUCGAGCCAUUGCGAAGAUCAAACUUGCUAGUGCACAGAUCAAAACACAUCGAUUCCAAGCCUUCUCCGAUAUUCCGAUUUUCAUCAAGAAACAUUAUGACUUAGCUACCGCCAACUCGAGUAUCGAUGACCCGUACCAGCUAGUGAAUAAUGGGAGAGAUGUCAAUCCACUUGCUUGUCAAUGUCAUAGUUUUGAAAAUCAUCCCAACCACGUCUUAGGUACAGCUUACACUGGGUCUCCUUCCGAGUCGUCUACAUCUGCCGCAUCCGAUUCUUUGCAUCCACAUUACUGUUGGCUAGGCCCUGGAUUUCCAUUUACUAGCCAGCAUUCAGCCAAAGUCUGCCUUACAGCAGGUUUAAUGAUCUCGCAUGUGUUUCAGAGCCUUCCAUACCCUCUUCAAUUUCGCCAUAGUGAUCAUGGCAUCCCGGUCCCUAGGCUUGACCCAUAUGCAGAUCCUGCGCUUUUGGAUCCCCGAACGCAGUUACCACGCACCAUGCCUUCAUUUGCCUCGUGCGCCAUGCAAUGUAGCUAUGCAUUGCUAAUGAUAUUUUAUAAGACCAGGGUCUCUAAGGAUGGAUCAAGCGGCCUCGAAUACGACCAUGAUGGUCAUCCUUCGGCCGAAAGACUGGCUGAUGAGUUACGACAUGGCUUAGAGCGUAUUGUUGGGGCGGUUUCUAAUUACUCUCGGGCAUUUGAAGCAUUGGAUGGAAUGAGAGAGGGUAUUGAGGGAGCGAUUCAUUCAGCAUUCUCACAACAUUGA